AGAUACUUCCAGGAUCUCUGAAGAGGGAAGACACCAGAAAACAGGCCCUCGCCUAGACACAACACCAUGCAUCUCCUCAGCCCCUUGCUCCUGCUCCUCGUUCCAGAAUACCUGGCUUUCUCUGACUCACAAAACUGGAUGUUUGAGCUCCCGAAGACCCUUUACGCCUGGGAGGGGACCUGCGUCUGGAUUCCCUGCAGCUACAAAAUCCCAGGGGAUGGAAAGCUCCUGGAUAACCUGACUGUGUACCACAAUCAUAAGUAUGAUACCAAGGCCAAGGACUUCAAUGGGACAGUCCUCUAUGUAAAGAAAAAGUCAGGGACAUCUGACCCUCAGAAAAGAGUGCAAUUCCUGGGAGACGACAAAUCCAACUGCACCCUAAACAUCCACACAGUCAAUGCCCAAGACAACGGCAUGCUGGGGCUGAGGGUGACGUCGGGGAAGGACAGAUGGAUGGAGACAAUAGCCCUCAACAUCUCUAAGACAGCUCCCCGACCUCGCAUUCAGCUCCCUCCAAACAUCCAGGAGCUAAAGGAAGUCACUCUAACCUGCCAGCUGGAUUUUGCCUGCUUUGGGUACCAGAUCAAAUUGCAGUGGUCCCUGGAGGGGUCAUCACAUAGCUUUCCCUCUCUCCUCUCAAUUUCCCUGACCACCAAGGCUGUCUUUACCCAGAACCAGCUCACAUUCCAGCCAGACUGGACCAACCAUGGCAAGAAACUGACCUGUCAGCUCUGGAAGGAUAACGCAGAUGAGCUACUCUCUGAGGAAACAGUGCAGCUAGAUGUGAAGCAUUCCCCCAAGAAUGUAACCAUGAUGAUUCAAAACCCCACACCAAUUCGAGAAGGAGACAAUGUGACCCUGUUCUGUAACUACACUUCCAGUAACCCUAGUGUUACCAGAUAUGAAUGGCGAUCCCAAGGCUCCUGGAAAGAGAUAAUGCCUGGGGUGCUGAUGAUUCAAAAAGUUGCCUGGGAUGCCAGUCAAUUUUCCUGUGCAGCCUGUAACCAGUGGUGUUCAUGGUCUCCCACUGUCAACCUGCAUGUCCAGUAUGCCCCCAGAGGUGUCAAGGUCCAGCUGAUUAGCCCUCGUUCUGAGAUUCACUCUGGGCUCUCAGUCGUCCUCCGAUGUGACUUCUCACAUAGCCACCCCACCGAUGUCCACUUCUUCUGGAAGAAAAAUGGAAUCUUUCUGAAGGAAGGAAAAGAUCUGCACUUUGAUUCCAUCUCUCCAGAAGAUGCUGGAAAUUACAACUGCUUGGUCAACAACUCCAUAGGACAGAGCAUGUCUGAGGCAUUGAAGCUCCACGUACUGUAUGCACCUAGGAGGCUGCGGGUGUCCAUUAGCCCUAAAGACAGUGUGAUGGAGGGGAAGAAGGCAGUACUGACGUGUGAGGGUGAUGCCGACCCUCCCAUCUCCCGGUACACCUGGUUUGACUGGAAUAACCAAAACCUUCACCAUGAUGAUCAGACACUGAGACUGGAUCCUGUGAAGGUCCAGCACUCAGGCGCCUAUUGGUGCCAGGGGGCCAACCGACUAGGCAGGGACCAGUCACCCCCCAGAAUCCUCACUAUCUACUAUAGUCCGGAGACCAUCAGCAAGCAAGUGGCCCUGGGAAUGGGAAUCUGCCUGGCCAUCCUCCUCCUGCCACUCUUGGGAGUCAAGCUUCAGCGAAGCUGGAAGAAGAUUCGGAGCCAGCAAGAGCUUCAGGAAAACUCCAGCGCACAGAGCUUCUUCGUGAGGAAUAGAAAGGUUAGAAGAGCCCCCCCCUCUGAAGGCCCCCACUCCCUGGGCUGCUACAACCCAGGGAUGGAAGAUGCCAUCAGCUAUGCUACUCUGCAUUUCCCUCUCGCCGAGGCUGACACAUCAAGGAUUGGAGAGGCAGGAACCCCAGAAGCUCAGAGAACUUCCCUAAACAGGGACAACACGGUCACUUACUCUGUGGUGCUGAAGCGUCAAGUGGGCGACUAUGAGAAUGUGACUCCAGAUGUUCCAGAAGACGAAGGGAUACAUUACUCGGAGCUGGUUCAUUUGGGGCUUGGAGAGCGGCCUCUGAGACAAGAGGGAGUGGAAUACGUGACCCUCAAGCACUAAUGAGUCAAACUGGCUGAGGUGGCGGUGCCUAGGGGCUGUAGGAGACAGGGCAGUCAUGGCCCAUGCAGCCCCUGCUGUUCAGCUGGGAAGUUACAUAGCCUACACACACACACACACACAC